AUGUUGCCUCAUUCUUUGAUCCUUCUUCUUCUUGUUUCACUAAUUUCAUUAGCAUCUUCAUGUGAAUUAUCAACACCUCUUCAAACAUUUCUUGAUUGCCUUCCAAUCCAAUCUUCACCCUCCAUUUCUAAUGUAAUCUACACUCCUCAGAACACUUCUUAUUCUUCUGUUCUUCAAUCCUACAACAGAAAUCUCCGUUUUCUAACCCCACAAACCCCCAAACCACUUGUCAUUCUCACACCUCUCAACCCCACCCAUGUCCAAGCCGCCAUUCUCUGUGCCAACUCUACCGGUCUUGAGCUACGAGUCCGGAGUGGCGGCCAUGAUUAUGAGGGCCUCUCCUACCGCUCCAAUGUUCCUUUCGUUCUUCUUGAUAUGUUCAAUCUCCGUAACAUUACCAUUUCUAAAGAAUCCACUGAUUACGUUGCGUGGAUUGAAGCUGGCGCCAUUGUAGGCGAACUUUACUAUCGUAUUGCUGAAUUCAGUCCCACCCUUGCAUUUCCCUCUGGGGUUUGUCCUACCAUGGGCGUCGGUGGCCAUUUUAGUGGCGGCGGAUAUGGGAAUCUCAUGAGAAAAUAUGGUCUUUCAGUUGAUAAUAUUAUUGAUGCUCUGUUUGUUGAUGCAAAUGGUGUGGUUCAUGAUCGUGAGUCUAUGGGUGAAGAUUUGUUUUGGGCUAUUAGAGGAGGUGGGGCUGCCAGUUUUGGAGUUGUUAUUUCGUGGAAGAUCAAAUUAGUGUCAGUCCCUGAAAAAGUUACGGUUUUCAAUAAGAAAUGGACUAUAGAACAGGGUGCACUCGAUGUGGCUCACCGUUGGCAGUUUGUGGCUCCUAAUCUACCCAAGGAGUUGUUUAUUAGAGCAAUGCAUAAUGUAGUGGACACCAAAACAAAAGAAGGAAAAUUCACAGUACAAGUUUCGUUUAUUAGUUUGUUUCUGGGAACAACUGAAUCUCUCAUUCCUUUAAUGGAUAAGUAUUUCCCUGAAUUGGGUUUGACGGAAAGUGAUUGUAGCGAGAGAAAAUGGGUUGAAUCCACUUUGUUUUGGUACAAUUCCCCCAAAGGGAACAGUAUUGAUUUUCUGCUCGAGAGACCAAACAAUGGCUCUAAUUUCUUCAAGAGUAGAUCCGAUUAUGUGAAGAAGCCGAUCCCGAAGGAAGGGAUUUCUGCGAUUUGGCAAACGAUGGUUGGAUUCAAGAACACCAAUUUGGUGAUGCAAUGGAAUCCAUAUGGAGGAAGAAUGUGGGAGAUUGAAGAGUCAGCUACUCCAUUUCCACAUAGAGCUGGGAAUUUGUUUUUGAUUCAGUAUCCAUUGUCGUGGGUUGAAGAAGGUGCUGAAGCUGCAAACUUUUAUACGAACAUGUCGAAGAGUUUGUAUGAUUUCAUGACUCCGUUUGUGUCAUGCAGUCCUAGAGAAUCGUUUUUGAAUUACAGAGAUCUUGACAUUGGAGCGAAUUUAGGCAGUGGAAUGGAUGAGGGAAUUGCAGAAAUAUACGGAAGGAAGUAUUUUAAAGGGAACUUUGAUCGAUUGGUAAAGGUGAAGACGAUGGUGGAUCCUGAUAAUUUCUUUAGAAACGAACAGAGUAUUCCUCCAUUGCCGAAAGAGUAUUUGGGUGCCUGAUUCUUCUACUAAUACAUUAACUCAUAGUGGUUUUGUAAGCUUCAACCGAUAUGAACUCCUCUAGUUGAGUUCAUAUUAGUUUAGUCCAUAUAAUGUCAUUUUGAUUCCAAUAGUUUUAAAAGUUGGUUUAAUUUAAUUUUAGUUCCUAUGCAUUUUAAUAAACAUUGUCUUCACUCCAUGUUAUAUUCUUCCUAUUUAUUUAGCUAUUCAUAAAUAGAGUACGAGA